AUGCCUUCCAAGGAUUUGGCAAUAGGAAUAAUGUUUUUGUUACAGACUGUGAUUGGAAUUCAUGGAAAUUUUUCUCUUCUUUAUUAUUAUUUUUUCCUUCACCAUAUGGAAAGUAGAAUGAAGCCCAUAGAUCUGAUUCUCAAGCAUCUUCUUAUAGCUAAUUCUUUAGUUAUUCUUACAAAUGGACUAUCCAGGACAAUGGUAGCCUUUGGGUUGAAAUAUUUAUUCAAUGAACUUAUUUGCAAGCUUAACUGGUUUAUGCUCAGAGUGGGCAGGGCUAUGUCAAUUUCUACCAUGUGCUUCUUGAGUUUCUUCCAGAACAUCACACUCAGCCCCAUGAACUCCUGUUGGAAUAAUCUUAAAAUCAAAGAUUCCAAGUACAUUGACUUCUCCAUGUCUCUCUGCUGGCUGCUACACUUGGGGCUAAAUUGCAUUUUCCCUCUGUAUGUGCUGCAUGCAUUGGGAAAUUCAGAAAGCAAAAACAUCACAAGGAAAAGACAUCUGGGAAUUUGUUCUGUCGUAGAUUAUGGAACAACCAUGGGCUCAGUCUAUAUUGCAUUAGUAGUAUCUCCAGAGAUUUCUUUUAUUAUGCUCACAGUAUGGGCCAGUGGCUCAAUGAUUCUUGUCCUGUACAGACAUAAAGCGCAGGUUAAGCACAUUUAUAGUAGUAAAGUUUCCUCCAGAUCCCCUGAGUCAAGAGCCACCAAAAGCAUCCUUCUGCUGGUGAGCACCUUUGUAUCAUUUUACACCAUCUCCUCCAUUUUUAACAUUUAUACUGCUCUUUUUUAUAAUCUCAGUUGGUGGUUGAUGAGUAUUUCUGACCUAACUUCUGUGUGUUUUCCAAUGAUCAGCCCAUUUCUUAUCAUGAGUCAGAAUUCCUCUAUAUCUGUGUUCCAGUUUGUCUGGAUUAGAAAUACAAAAUCCUCUAUUAUCAAAAAUAUAUAA